UCGUGACUCGAAACUCAACUCCACCCUUCCCUUUUAAACUCUCUCUUUCUCUUCUUUCUCCUUCCAAACCUUCACUUCGCACUCUUCUUCUUCGAUUCAAAUCUCUCUCAUCUCAUCUCAUCUCAUCUCAUCAAUCAACAAACACCUCAAUCUCUCUCUCUCUCUCUCUCUAUUCCCAUGGAUUCUCUUCAACCAAACACGAUAACAGAUUCCGAAACCUCCCCUGAUUCCAAUCACAAAAAACGCCGCAAAAUCACCCACCCUCAAAACCCCCUCAAUCUCAUGCCCUGGCGAUCCAACGCCGACCAGCAGAUCUACUCCCUCCGCCUCGCCAACGCCCUCCGCCGCAUCCCCAGACCCGCCGCGCAAAUCCGCGACACCGCCGACCGCGUCCUCGCCGCCACCGCCAAAGGCAGGACGCGUUGGAGCCGCGCGAUUCUCACCCGCCGGAAGAAGCUCCGCAUCAAGAAGGUCAAGCGAGCCGCCUCCGGAUUGAGAAGAGCGGCGAUCGGGAGGAGGAAGCGGUUACCGGCUGUGCAGAAGAAAGCGCGCGUUCUCGGCCGGUUGGUUCCUGGUUGUCGGAAGGUGUCGUUCCCGAACCUUCUGGAAGAAGCCACCGACUAUAUCUCCGCCUUGGAGAUGCAGGUUCGAGCCAUGGCUGCUCUCGCUGAGCUUCUCUCCGGUGGCGCGCCGGCGGCUCAUGUGUUGACUUGACCCGUACGACGUCGUUUUACAGCCUUGGCUAUAUUGCGCCAGGUGUUACCUGCUUUUUUUUUUAUUAUUAUUAUAAUAUCUUUUGUAUUUGUGUUCAGAUUCUUCAUGUAUUUUAUUAUCGUGUACACUGUACAUGCCAUUUGCUUAUUCAUCCUCACUUUAAUCUCCA